AUGUGGUUCUUUGUAAAAAAUUAUGGUAGUGGACCAAAAGAUUUAAAAGACCUUAUUCCAUAUAAUAAAAGAUUUGUGGAAAUGUUUAUUGCAAGAUUUCCUAUGAAUCGUGAAAGAAUUUUAGCAAAACUUGAUUCUU